CACUUCCGCCUGGUUGUCAGCGGUACGAAGCGGGGGGUGCUGCGCCGGGGCCGUCGCGGGAGCGCGGUGCCAGAGCUCCUGAGAGGGAGACGAGAGAGCAAGAUGAGCAAAACAGACGGAGAAAAGACCUCCCUUUAAAUAACAUGCCACCAGAACUUCUGCAUGGUGACAGAGAUCAUCUAAAGCGGCUGGGAACUUGCAAAAGAAGACUUCAAAAGCGUACAGACACUUAAGCUCUCAAUCAAGUUGAAUGAUGCAUUAGAGGAAGCUGAGCUGGCUGUACGGAGAUUUCACGCUGAAGGAUGAACAGUGAAGAAGAGUUCUAUGAUGCCGUUACGGGCUUUGAUUCUGACAAUUCUUCAGGAGAGUUUUCAGAAGCAAAUCAUAAAGUUGCAGAAAUGCUUGAUCUAGAUCCACACCAAAGCAAUAGGACUGGAAAGCAUAACGGAGAGACGGAGAUUCAGGAAAAUGGAAUUAAGAGGCACAGGACAUCAUUGCCUGCCCCAAUGUUUUCUAGAAGUGAUUUUAGUGUGUGGAGCAUAUUAAAAAAGUGCAUUGGACUGGAGUUGUCUAAGAUUACGAUGCCCAUUGUCUUCAAUGAGCCAUUGAGUUUCCUUCAGCGGAUAACUGAAUAUAUGGAACACAUAUACCUCAUUAAUAAGGCUUGUAGUCAUGCAGAUCCCUUGGAAAGAAUGCAGGCUGUAGCUGCUUUUGCAGUUUCUGCUGUAGCUUCUCAGUGGGAGAGAACUGGCAAACCAUUUAACCCCCUGUUAGGAGAAACCUAUGAAUUAACAAGGGAGGAUUUAGGAUUUAGGUUUAUAUCUGAGCAAGUCAGCCACCACCCACCUAUUAGUGCAUUUUAUUCUGAAGGCCUCAAUAAGGACUUUAUUUUUCACGGCUCAAUCUACCCCAAAUUGAAAUUCUGGGGAAAGAGCAUAGAAGCGGAGCCACGGGGGACGAUUACUUUGGAGCUUCUAAAACAUAGUGAAGCUUACACAUGGACAAAUCCAACCUGUUGUGUACAUAAUGUAAUUAUUGGUAAACUGUGGCUAGAACAAUAUGGAACGGUAGAAAUCGUGAAUCACAGUACUGGAGAUAAAUGUGUCCUUAAUUUUAAACCGUGUGGGCUGUUUGGAAAAGAGCUUCACAGAGUAGAGGGAUACAUCCAGGACAAAAACAGAAAGAAGCUGUGCAUCAUCUAUGGCAAGUGGACAGAAUGCUUGUGGUGCACUGAUCCCACCACGUAUGAGACUUACAAAAAGAAUGAGAAGAGAGGUGGUGAGCAAAAGAAAUUGAAGCCGAGUGAGGAUGUUAUAAAAUCGGAAAAUGAUGAGGCUGACGAUAUGCCAGAAGUUCAAGACACCGUGCAGUUUAUACCAGGCAGUAAAUUGCUUUGGAGAAUAAAUUGUAGGCCACCCAACUCAUCACAGAUGUACAAUUUCACCAGUUUUGCUGUGAGUCUCAAUGAGCUGGAGAAGGGCAUGGAAGCAAUAUUAGCUCCCACUGACUGUCGGCUACGGCCAGAUAUCAGAAACAUGGAAAAUGGAAACAUGGAUGUGGCUAGUAAAGAAAAAGAGAGACUAGAGGAGAAACAAAGAGCUGCUCGCAAGGAGCGUGCGAGAGAGGAAGUGGAGUGGCGGACACGGUGGUUUCAUCAAGGCACCAACCCACACACCGGGACUUCAGACUGGCUGUACUCAGGUGGCUAUUUUGAUAGAAAUUUCUCAGACUGUCCGGACAUAUAUUGAAAUAAUGGAACCAAUAGCUCAUCUCAUCUGGACAUCUAGUUACUAGAUUUCAUUGUAAGCCAGUUAGCCUGGUUUUGUGAAUAACAAAAUUCAGCUUUUCUAAGUAAAUCCUAACAAAACAUCUGUCAGUCAGCAGUCAAGGAUUUAAUGGUCACUAAUGUUGGAUUGCCAAAUAUUUAAACACUGUUGCAUUCUUUUCAUAAGGCUACACCUGAAAUCAUCAUAUUUUCACUAAUUUUUAAAGGGACCUUUGGUUCUCCAUUUUUUCCCUAGUUUUUUGUCAGGAAGGUAUGCUGUAUCUGGUAGAGCUCAUAACAUCCUUGAAAACUAUGUAACUUUAAGAAAAUAGAGAUAAUACCAUCUUGACUUAGAGUAGUGAGGAAUCUAAGUUUUCAGAACUUGGAGCAGGGAUGAAAAGUUCACAAGGUACGAACAUGAUCAAAUCCAGUACUGUGGCUAUUUCCCAUGAAGAGAUGCAUGUGAAACUUUCAUACAGUAUGUAGCACUAUGUGGGGACUGGAGCUGCUGGCCCCCCUCUCUCAAUAUGAUUCAGUAAUUCAAAGACAUUGAGAAACAAAAAAACAACUUUAGCUUCUCAAACUGUAGUCAUCUGUUACAAAGUCUUCACAAUUUCUGGUCACUGUGAGCAUUAAACUAUAUACCUGUGAUAAAACUACAUAAAACACGUGUUAAGAGCAAGGUGCAUUAAAUGAUGCCUGCUUUUUCUGAAGUCAGAUGCUGCUCUUAAAGUGUGAGGAACUUCAGGAGCAAUUGCAGGAAUGCAGAGGUGGUUACAAUGUAAAAUAUAUUGCUUGCUACCACUUGGAGGCUUAGAUCUUCUGCACUACUUUUGGCAGCUUUGGCACUAAAUAUGCUUCUAGACUAAAGUUUUAUUUGGAAGCACUUGGUAUGUAUAUCCACACAGAUCUCAUAUUUCUGGGAUGUUUUUGUUUGCAUGUUUUUCAUUAUUAGGUCACGUCUGUUUUGUAUGUUGUAAAAGAGCAGAAUCAAUUUCAAGCUGUGGCAUAGUUACCUAUUACAUGUUUUCUGUGAGCAUGUGAUGUCAUAAAAGUGGAAUUUUUUCGUUCCAUAUUGAAACGUCAAAGCCAUAUAAUGGAAAUAAUUGAACUACAGAUCAAUUACUGGACUGAUCCAUUAAUUUUCUUUCCAAGUGAUACACUUCUGGUGAGGAGAGAGGAAAGGAGUCUGGAAAAAUUAGGCCUAAUAAGUAAAACUAAUCCUGAGGUUGCUUGGGUUUUUUUUUGUUUGUUUGUUUUUUAAUGAAAACUUUUGAGGAACUGGGCAAAAAAGGAAAGUGGCUGCAUUGCAUUUAGGCUUACAGUGGUUCAGAGAUCACUGGUGCAAACAGCAGCACCUUGAGGAAUUUGUGGAAGAAUUGAUCCAGCUGAUGCCGAUACACAUUCAUGGUUUCAUCUGAAGAGCAGGUUGUGCUUCUAUCCCAGUGAUAGGAUUAGAAAGCAAAAGGUAACAUAAUCAUGGAGAAACAUUUUUGUAUCAAAUUAUGCACCACAUGAUUGGACUAACUUUAAUUUGGGGGAUUUAGUUGUCUUCUUCGUUGGAAAACUGAGACAAAUGGUAAAAAUUCAAGGCAAUAAAAAGGCCUAACCUGAAAUGUGCUCAUGGCAACGUUGUUCUGUUGCCAGAAAUCACACUUUCUGAUUUUCUUUACACACAAACUAAAUGUGGUAAUGUGGCUCAGAGAACAAAUUUAUAUUUUGUUUCUAAUAAACGCUCAGAUGCUGGACUUUUAAAAAGACCCUGCUGGUCAGUAUGGGAUAGCAUAGAAAUACUUCUGAGUCUUUGUGUAAAAAUCAACUUGAAUUGCUGUUCCAGGCAUUGGAAUGUUCCUUGCAGAUUUUCUGCCUGCUGUGGAACCAUUCUUACUGGAUGAGGAUUGGAAAGAUUCACAGGCUAAGCCAGUUUAACAUCUCACAGGAGACUGAAACUUGCUUAGGCUAAAUUAUAAUUAAGGUUGGAGUCAGUGCUCUUUAAAAGCAUGUGAAUAGAAUGGAAAAAAUGCAGAGUAAUUGGUAAAUACUAUGUUUUUAACAAGGAAUGGACAGGUUAGCAUCUCUCUUCUCUUGGAUUAGAAUUUUAAUUUAAACACCGUUUUCAUUAUGCAAACACAGAAUUAUACCAUGUUUCUUUGAAACUUCAGUUGAGGAAUUUCAUGUAAUUUAAAAAUAAAUUGGCAAGUUUCCUAAAGUCAGAGUUAGCUCCUCUCUUUAGUGUAAUGGUUUUUAGGGAAAUCUCGAAUGGGUUCCAACUCUGUUCUUUUAAUUUAUUGUUCUUCACUGAAAACAUUUACAAAAUAUUUUCUCAUUGCUGCUGAAAAGUCUCUGCCUGGCGAGCCACGGGGUGCCCGAUGGGACAUGGCGAUCGCUCUGGAAGUGGAAAAAAAUGUAUUUUAAAUGCAGAUCUCGCCUCAGUAGUUUACAUGUCAGAACAUAACUUUGCACCUUUUAAAAGAAUGUCACUUUUAUAACUUGAUUAAGCACUGUAUAUAAGAUAACUGUGUUAGUAUAUGUUAAUACUGUAGAGAAACCAUCUAGAAAGAAAGUUAUAAUAAAUGCUUAAUUCCCUUCGGGCCUCUAGGUGGUGAGAGAGGUUUGUGUACAGGGAGGCAGGGGCAGCUGUGUGAGGACACGGCUGGAGGUGGCCGGGUCGCUUAUGGUCACCACGAUGUUUGUUGUGCAAAAAGUGAUUUAAAUCCGAGCUCUGAGUGCCGGGGGGAAGGGGGGGCCGUGAGGUGAAAAUGAUGCCUUGGUGGAGGGAUGGAGUGGCUGCUGAGAGCUCUGUGGGAGGGCGCUGUGUGGGCACUGGGCACUUUGUGCCUGAGGGCUGGGGGCAGCUGCCUCAGUGGUGCUUGUGGGAUGGCUGAUGACAAGGACAGGAGUGUGCCCUGAAUUGGUCAGAUUAAAAAACAACAACAACAAAACAGAACCAAACGGCUGCAUUUGCAGCUGUGUAAUGACUGAAAAUUGUUUCUCAGUGAAUUGAGACCAAGCAGUGGAAAUUCUUUGGCUGAAGCGCUCCCAGAAUCUCCACAGCUUUCCCCCAAAAUGGUCACAAAGGGUUCAGCGUGGCUCUGCCCUGCGGCACCGCUGCUCGUGUGCUCCUGAGCGGGGUCGGAGGGAGGGAGGGGAAGGGGCGGCGAGGCCCGGCCCUGCGAUGAGGCCCGGCCCUGCCGAACCGCUGAGUGAAAUGCAUUUAUUUUUGUAAUAUUUAAUAACUGUCGAUGCCCGUCUCUAUUAACAACCGUCUUUGGCUUUUUAGAGAAGUCUGUACAGGUCUGCGGACGUCAAUGUUACACUGUAAAGCUGUAAAUCCGAAUAAAGCUCAUUUUGAAGAAGA